AUGGUUGACCACGCCUCUCAAUCGUCGAUGCUGCUCAGAUACGCUUUGUGGCUCGUUGGCCUCCUCUGCACAGCCCGGGUCCUGCUGUUUCUGUACAUGUCUCUCACCUCUCCGCUCCGCUCCGUACCGGGUCCAUUCUUUGCUCGCUUUGGAAGGGUCUAUUACUUCUGGAAAGUCAGCCGCGGCCAUUGGGAACAUGACAAUCUGGCGCUGCACCGAAAGUAUGGCCCCGUCGUCCGCGUGGCGUCUGAUAUGUACAGUAUCGACUCCCCUGAGAUCGUCAAGAAGGUCUACAGCGUUGGCUCCAAGUUCCCCAAGUCGGACUGGUACGAUGCAUGGAAGCAUCCAGAUCCCAGCCGCUGGUCGCUGUUUCCAGAGAGAGAUAUGAAGAGACAUGCUGAGACGAGGAAACGAUUCCAGGCAAUGUACUCCAUGUCAAGCCUGGUGAAUUACGAAGGAUAUGUCGACGAGUGUGCCGAGAUUUUCUGCAAAAGACUGGCUGGGUUCGCAGCCCAUGGAGAUACCAUUGACAUGGCACAUUGGCUUCAGUGUUACGCUUUUGAUGUCAUCGGCGAUAUUACUUACUCCCAACGAUUCGGCUUCCUGGACAAGGGUGAGGAUAUUGCUGGAUUGCUGAGGGCACUGCACGGAGUGUUAAAAUAUGGAACCCUAGCAGGCAUCUAUGCUCGUUGGCACCCUCUCAUCUUCCGCAUCUCAAAUCGUCUUGGCUUGGGCGGUGCCACAGGUCGAACGUAUCUGAUGAAGUUUGUAGGAGAGCGAAUCCGACAGAGGGAAAAAGAGACCAAGACCGGCAAAGAUGUGCAGAAAGCAGGGCAGAGAAACGAAAAAUCCCCCAUGGACUUCCUGGAAAAGCUUGUGGUGGCCAAUAAGGAGGAUCCCGAGAGAGUAACACCGUAUCACGUCUUCAUGAUGGGCUUGUCAAACAUUAUUGCAGGCUCUGAUACCACCGCCGUCAGCCUUUCAUCGAUCUUGUACAACCUCCUGAAGCAUCCGGCCAAGAUACGAAAGCUCCAACAGGAGAUCAAGGAAUUCGACGACCAAGGCCGGUGCAGCAACCCGAAUGUGUCGUUCAAGGAGAGUCAAGAGAUGCCAUAUUUGCAGGCUGUCAUGAAGGAGGCUCUCCGGGUGCACCCCGCGACUGGCUUGCCCUUGUGGAGAGUUGUACCUCGUGGAGGUGUCGAGCUCUGCGGUCAAUUUUUCCCCGAAGGCAGCAUUGUCGGGGUCAACACCUGGUGUGCUCAUUAUAACGAAGUCGUUUUCGGUCCAGAUGCCAAAGAGUUCCGGCCGGAAAGGUGGAUUGACAAUGAGGAACAAGGUGGCGAGAGGUUGAAGCGCAUGGAGGCGUACUACAUGCCAUUUGGGUUGGGGUCGAGGACAUGCAUCGGUCGCCAUAUUUCUUUCUUGGAGAUGUCCAAGUUGAUUCCCCAGAUCGUCAGAAGGUUCGACUUUGAACUCGAGCAUGCUGAAAGACCAUGGAACACUGACAACAACUGGUUCGUAAAACCGACCGAUUUUCAAGUCAAAGUCAAGCUGCGGAAUGAAUAG